ACAAACAGAGACACCUGUACACACACAGAGACAUGUACAUACACACACAGACACAUGUACACACAGACACAUGUACGUACAUACACACAAACACACACACAUGUACAUACACACAGACACAUGAACACACACAUACAUGUACAUACACGCAGACACAUGCACAAUUGUACAUGCAUACACAGACACACACAAACACACACACAUGUACACGUACACACACACACCCCUCCUCAUAAAAAGUUGCAGUACUUUGUUGUUCACUCACAGAGCCGGGUACUGCACUUUAGGGGGAGGCAGAGAGCACAGCACACACUCCUUGCUUUGCUUUCACUACGCUCAGCUAUUGAGCGGUCUGACGGCUCCCAGUGCCAAUGACAGAUCCGGCCUGAGCUCCGAGCCUGCUCAGGAAGACGGCCCUGGGGGGACACACUUGCCCCCACCAUAAUUUCCACUCGUCAUUGGCGAGCAGGCGAGUGGAAAUUUCAAUCCCUGUUUUAAAG